AGCAUAAAAAUAUCGUAACGCAUUCGGCAUCGCAUGAGCUUUACGUCACGUACUCCGUUUUUCAACUUGUAUUCUUUUAUUAUUACACUUUUAUUUAAAUAAUAUUUUCAUUUUAUUAUUCCUAAAUUUAAUCUGGUCAUUAACUUACGUUGUGUGCUCUAAUUUAUACUUAUCGUUCUGUUAGAUAUAUAUAUAUAUAUAUAUAUAUUAGUCAAGUAUUUCAACUGGAUACCUUGCGUAGAAACUUUUAUAUUUACCGGCAAUUGCAAAGGUGAAACCGGUACGCCAUGGCUGAUGUCAGCGAUGCUGUAAUUGACGUGGUGGCUUCUGAGGCAAUCAAUGGAUGUUCAAUCACCGGAGAUAGCGAUUAUUCGGACAAGACCGGUGAUGUUUCAUCUGUGGAGAUGCGCGUGAAGCGUAAAGCCAAGAGACUGGCCAAGUCCUUAUCACGGGAUAGUGGCAUUGUCAAUGGUCAUGGAGGCACUGCCACCGUAGUGCAAUUGAAGAGACGUUGGAAGAACAAUAGAAAGUCAAGAAAUGGUUUCAGUAAAACCAGAGGUGAUGCUAAAAAAGGCGGUGCUGGUGGUAAAGGUGUUUGGGGAAAAUUAGGAGAAGAGAGUGAUGUUGAUCCUGCUAUUGAUAUUAAGGAUCCAAACUAUGAUAGUGAUUUGUUAGAUGAUGAUAAUAUUGUUUUGCGUGAAAUCACACCCGAGGCAUCAGAUGAAGAUCUCAAAAACUCUAUUACUUUCAAUAUUUUAGAAUACUAUGAGCAUGGCGAUACUGAAGAAGCAGCAAUGGUGUUGAGUGAACUCAACAUUGUCAGUAAAUGGCAUUUGAUUACUCAAGUUGCUGUAGAAGUAGCGCUUGAACAUAAACCAUCUCAACGAGAAAUGACAUCGAUAUUGUUGUCUGAUCUUUAUGGUCGCCUUAUAAAGCAAAAAGAAAUUGCUCAGGGAUUUGAUGUCAUACUUUCUAACUUGCCUGAUCUCAUUCUCGACACACCGGAUGCUCCAAUAGUCGUUGGCUGUUUCUUAGCUAGAGCUAUAGCAGACGAUUGCCUUCCACCAAAAAUUAUUGACUUUUUCAAAGAAAAAAAUUAUAGUGAUCUAGCCAAUCAAUCAUUGAUAAAGGCUAAUAACUUGUUAAAUAUUAAACAUGGUCUAACUAGAUUGGAUAAUGUGUGGGGUGUUGGUGGGAGUUUAAGACCAGUACAGUACCUUGUAAGACAGAUGAAUAUGCUGUUAGACGAAUAUCUAUGUUCUGGUGAUCUUCAGGAAGCUAUUAGGUGCAUUCUGGAGUUAGAGGUACCACAUUUCCACCAUGAACUUGUGUAUGAGGCUGUUGUUGAUGUGAUUGAGGCUAUGAAUACACAUACUGAAGUUGCCAUGUGCAAGUUACUUAAAGCUUUAUAUGAUGCAAUCAUAAUAACUCCAGAAAUGAUGAAUAAAGGUUUUGAGAGAGUGUUUGAUGUUCUUGAUGAUAUAUCUAUUGAUGUGCCAUUAGCUCCAGCAGUCCUUGAACGUUUUAUUGACAAAUGUAUUAAUGCUGGAUUUUUACAAAAAGAUAUAUUGCAAAAGAUCCCAACAAGGACAUCUCGGAAACGUUAUGUCUCUGAAGGUGAUGGUGGUCGUCUCAAAGAAGCAUAAAAAGUCAACAUUUUAUUAGACCUUUUUCUUCUGAGUACAGUAUUUUCUAUUUUUUGUUUUUCACAAUAAAUUUUUAUUUUUGUCAGUUAAAAACCAUUUAAGAUUAUUUUUUAUUUACUAUAAUAUAAGUUUUUAUUUGCGCAUUAAAUUAAAAUUUAAUUAUGUUUUCCAAGUAUUCUUUAUAAUAUUUUUUUUUUAUUGAUAUCAAAUAUAUCAUUUUUUAUGAUUUUAAUAAUAGGUAAAGUGAAAGUUGGUAUCCAAAAAGGAAGUUUAAAGUUGUUUGUACUCGUUUUUUUUUUUUUGGACUAUUUAUAAUUUUUCUUCUAACUUUUUAUAUAACUACAUAUUUAUAAUAUAAAAUGUGUUUUACAUAUACUAACAAAGUAAGAUUAUAAUAGAUUAUUACAUUAUUUACUAUAAUAAUAAUAUUUGACAUUUAAUUAUUAUUAUUAUAUUUACAAAACAUACUGUACUCUUUAAAUUCAUAAAUUCAUAUGAAUUAGUAUUUAAAAGUAGAAGAUGCUAUAUAAUAUUAAUUCUGUUCUAAUCGCUACUAAUUUCAUGUUUUGAAAUUCAUAGUUUGUGUAGUAGUGAUUUUUUUUGUAUUCUAAUUUUUAUUGUAAAUUUAAAUGAAAUAAAAAUUUACAAUUAUUAUGCAGUGUGUGUGUUUUCUUAUUAUAAAAAGAAAACUUAAAUUAAAUUGUAGUGUAACUAAGUUCAACACUCAAUUAUUUCAUUUAAAUACUCUUUUAAAAGCAAUAAGGUCUCUGUAAUGUUUAUGUGUUAUACAAUCUCAACUAAAAUCACCAUUAAAUUUGGUAUAGGUUUAUAUUAUUUAUUUUGUUGUAAUUUUUAUAACAAAUAAAAACUGUUAAGUUGCAAAUAAAGAAAAAAUUAAACUUAAAAUAAA